AUUUUAAUCGUUAACCAGUAAAAAUCGUGAAUUUCAACCGACUGAAUUUGGUUAACUUCACAAGGUUGACGCAUAGCUCACGCGCCGCCGACUUGCUACGAUUGACAUGAGCGGAUACGAGCGUAAGAACACGACGGCGAACUCAAUCACCAUCACCAAGCGGAAGCGUAACUCGAUUUCGGAACAAUCGGAGAACGUAUACGAGAAAUCGAAUAGGAAGGAGUCAAUAACCUUAAAACCUCACCGUUCUUUUACGCCGGGAUUCAGCCAGCGUGAUUGUAAACCUGUCAGACAUAGUAAGUCUUCUCUCCGCCGGCGACGGAGAACUAAGGAGAAGAUCUCGAGUUCCGUUGAGCGCGAAUGGGUGUUUUCCGCAAACAAUUUUGAAAAUCUAGCAGAUAAAUUAGUAUUAGUUUCGUACAAUCUACUUGGUGUUGACAAUGCGUCGAACCACAUGGACUUGUAUUACAAUGUUCCGCGGAAGCACUUAGAGUGGAGUAGACGGAAACAUCUCAUAUGCAAGGAGAUUAGUCGUUACAAUGCAAGCAUCUUAUGUCUUCAGGAGGUUGACCGCUUUGAUGAUUUAGAUGUUCUUCUUAAAAAUAGAGGAUUUCGAGGUGUUCACAAGAGUCGGACUGGAGAAGCGAGUGAUGGUUGUGCUAUAUUUUGGAAAGAGAAUCUAUUUGAACUUCUAGACCAUCAACAUAUAGAGUUUGAUAAAUUUGGUAUGCGAAACAAUGUUGCUCAACUUUGUGUUUUAGAGAUGAACUGUGAGGAGGACCCAAAGUCUAAAUUACGGGUGCGAUCAUCAGAUCCUCGAAGGCUAGUGGUUGGGAAUAUACAUGUCCUAUUCAAUCCUAAGCGUGGGGAUAUCAAGCUUGGCCAGGUAAGACUCUUUCUGGAGAAGGCUUACAAGCUAUCACAGGAAUGGGGAAAUAUUCCUGUGGCGAUUGCAGGUGAUCUGAAUAGCACUCCACAGAGUGCAAUCUAUGAUUUCAUAGCUUCAGCUGAUUUGGAUACACAACUUCACGAUCGCAGGCAAAUUUCUGGCCAGACUGAAGUGGAACCAAAGGAGAGGUCAUUCAGAAACCAUUAUGCAUUUAGUGCUUCAGCAUCCAUCUCCGGAUCACUACUCAAUGAGUGGAGCCAGGAAGAAUUACAGCUUGCAACUGGUGGUCAAGAAACCACUCAUGUCCAACAUCAACUGAAGCUUAACAGCGCAUAUAGUGGAGUUCCUGUAAGUGUUUUUGUUUCUUGUUCUCGACUGGUGGACGCAUCGAAAAGAGUUGAAAUCUGCCUUACAGGAAAACUAAGUUCUUAGGAACUGUGGCUUUCUUUUAUACUAGAUACUGAAAAACGUUUAGGGAAAGUAGCAUGUUGUAUGAUGUUAUAUAUCCUUCUAGUAUGCUAAGACCUGAGAUCUUGCAGGGUACAUAUAGAACUAGAGAUCAACGCGGUGAACCAUUGGCAACAACGUAUCAUUCCAGGUUCCUUGGAACUGUUGAUUAUAUAUGGCAUACCAAGGAACUCGUUCCUGUGAGGGUUCUUGAGACCUUGCCAGCAGAUGUAUUGAGAAGAACAGGUGGACUACCUAGUGAGAAUUGGGGAAGCGACCAUCUCGCUAUCGCAUGUGAACUCGGCUUUGUCAAUGACUGGCAAUGAGCCAAAAUGUUAGCACCAACCACUAAACCGAGCCACCUGACUUGGCCAUCCCUUGAGGUUUUUGAAUGCUCAUCGAGGCUUCUGAAUUGGAGUUCGGAAACAGAUUCAGUAAAUUGUAAAACAUAAACAAGUUUUGGGCUCAUUCCCAUACAUAGAUUUGCUUACUUGAAACAUUUUUUUUUACCUUACCUACCCAAGACUUGCACCUACUCUUUCUGCUUUUAAAAAGUUAAUACCAAAAUAGCAUGUUACUGGACGUGUACCUAUGAGGAGCGAAGACCCAUUUUGCUACUAGAAGCAAAACAAUGUAAGAGACGUUGCGUAAAAAGUAUCUCAAUCUGUUCACUCC